AUGAAUUCGCCCUCUCAAGAAAAAAAGGCAUCUUCUACACCCAAGGAGAACAUGGCUACGUUUGAUUACGUCGAGAUUCCGGUCGGUGCGACGCGUUUACGCUCGUCGUCCGACACUUCCAAGCCAGACGACAUCCGACCAGCGCCCAGAAUCUUCACCUCUCUACCUCAUCCCUCCCCGCCAUCUUCUCCUGGUGUUCCUCCGCCAAGACAGUUCAUUUUGUCAUCCACCGCAGCAUCUUUGGCCUCACCUACGAUGUCUGUCAUCCCACAGAUGCUCCUUUCGGCGACCUUGCCACCGAUGUCCCCAACGGCUACCCCCGCGCAGUCUACGCCCAGUUCGGGGAAGAAAGGAGAGGCAAGCAAGCCCACUCUGAUGUCUUCGAAAGACCCGCUUUCGUUGCCCAUCAUGACUACGAACUUCAAGAGAUUCGUCACAGUCAUCGGCCCUGUUUUCUGGCUGCAAGACAGGAUAGAGGAGAUAAUUCUGUGGAAAAGAGGGUGGCCUCGAACAGCAGUAUGGAUGGCUGCCUACUCAUUUAUCUGUUUCUAUCCUCGCGUGCUCCUUCUGUUGCCUCACAUCAUCCUCAUCAGCGUCAUCCUUGCCACGUAUCCGUACCCUGCUAAGCCCUCGUCCGACCCUCUCAAUCCAUCCGAAACGGCAACCCCGCAACCGCCAACAGAAAAUUCAGUUCCAUGGCAAGCUAAUAUCCAAGGAAUCCAAAACCUGAUGGGUGCAACAGCUGACGCCCACGACCUUAUUGAGCCCUACCUCCACCACCUAUACCUCACGCCUGCGCACUUCUCUCCACCCCGAGAGCGUCGGAAAACAUCAACAACACCUCGGUCUCCGUAUACCAUGCAUAUCUUGACACUGCUUGCCCUCUCCUUCUUCCCCCUCCUAUUCCUCAUCCACCUCCCGUGGUUUCCAAUCCGUGAAGUAUGCCUCUUCGGUGGCCUCGCGCCGUUUGUUGUCACCCACCCCUACGUCCAAGCUCUGCUCCCAGCUCUCUGGCCAUUCCUCCUUGACCUCUCGCCAAUCAUCCUCAAACACGCUCAAGAGACCAAAGAAACUGCCCUCCGCACUCUUGGCUACAAACGCCCUCCAACCCCACCCAUCGACUACUUGGCCCAAGAAGCCUCCUCAUCUGACGCCGCCCCUCCUUUACCCUUUCAGAUGGUCCUCCAGCGUCUGAUGGACGAUGACCGCCUGACUGACGCCUGUUGGACUUCUGAGCUGCGAGAGGUCGAGCUGUGGGAGAACGAGCGGUACGGCGGUGGGUUGCCAGGGGUUGCUGACGUGCUGGCGAUGGGGACGGCGGGCACCGGUUCGGGGCCGGCGGCGCUCUCGUUGACGUCACCACCGCCGGUGCAGAAGGGAUGGAGCAAGCAGAAUUUGAGGCCGGGCGAGAGGACGGCCUGGACCAGAGGCAGAGAUGGCUGGAGUGGGGUUGAGGGCAGCGGAGGAGAGGUUAGCAGCAAUCUCACUUUUUCGCUCGCGCCUGGUUGGGCAUUCGUCGAGACGGAGGAUUGGAGAAAGGAUACACAGUGUGCUUGGUCGGGGUGCGGGGGCGAUCCCGAUGGUUGGGUAUACACGAAUGACGCGUGGGUCGGACCACGGCCUGCGCCAUACACAUCUGGUUCUGGAAGUGUUACCCGCAGAAGACGAUGGGUGAGGAGGGUAUGGUACGAUCCGAAGAGGGCCACGGAAGACAGCUAG